UAUAAUAAAAAUAACACCAAAAAUUACACGGAUCACAAAAAGGAAAAUUUACAAAAAAAAAAAAAAUUCAGAUCGAAAAAAACAAAAACAGGAAAACUGAAUGAAUGAAUUUUGGUUUGCUGGACAUAAAAUUCAUCUCAACUUUUAAAGUGUCGUAUUUGUUUAUCUAUCCAUCAAAGGCAUUGACUCUAUAUAUCGCUAGUCACCAUAGAUAGGAAGAUGCAUCUAUUAUAUACCCUCGUCACGGCAUUGGCCUAUGUGAUUGGAAUAACCAAUGGUUUUUACUUACCUGGUGUUGCCCCAACCAAUUAUAAUAAAGGAGACACGAUUCCAUUACUCGUUAAUCAUUUAACUCCAUCAUUACAUCAUUUGGAUGUGGGUCAAAAAAAGGUUCAAUCGGAUACCUAUGUCUACUCCUAUGAUUAUUAUUAUCCUAAAUUCCAUUUCUGUCAUCCUGAUGGAGGUCCAGCUAAACAACUGGAAUCAUUAGGGGCUAUUAUCUUUGGUGAUAGAAUCUUUAAUUCUCCAUUUGAUAUUAAAAUGUUAGAUGAAAAGCAAUGUAUCCUGUUAUGUACUUCCACUUAUACCAAGACUGAUUCUGUGUUUGUUAAUAGAAAUAUUAGAGCCAGUUAUAAUCAUAAUUGGAUUGUUGAUGGAUUACCAGUGGCUAAUCACGUUAUCGAUGUUAGAACUAAAUCAGAAUUUUAUGGAUCAGGUUUCCAUAUUGGUGUAGUAGAUGAAAAUAAUGCUGCUCAUUUAUAUAAUCAUUUUGAAAUUAAUAUUGAAUAUUAUCCAGUUUCAAGUGAUACUUUUAGAGUGGUUGGUGUUACUGUUAAACCAAGUUCUUAUGAUAGAAGUGAUUUACCAAAGGAUGCUAGUAAAGAUGAACUUUGUUCUCCUGAUUUAAAUCCAGUCAGUUUAAGUAGAGAAAAGGAAACUAACGUGUUAUUUUCUUAUUCUGUUACUUUUGAAGAAUCUCCAACUGCUUGGGCUACAAGAUGGGAUAAAUAUUUACACGUUUAUGAUCCAAAAAUUCAAUGGUUUUCUUUAAUCAAUUUCUCCUUAAUUGUUUUAAUUCUUGGUAUAAUCAUUGCUCAUAUUUUAUUAAGAACUUUGAAGAAUGAUAUAGUUAAAUAUAAUGAAGUCAAUUUAGAUGAUGAUAUUUCUGAUGAAAGUGGUUGGAAAUUAGUUCAUGGUGAUGUCUUUAGACCUCCAAAGCAAAGAUUAUUAUUGUCUGUUUUAGUUGGUAGUGGUGUUCAAAUCUUUUUAAUGGGUUUUAUUACUAUUGCUUUUGCCUUAUUUGGUUUAUUAUCUCCUUCAAAUAGAGGUUCAUUAACUACUUUUAUGUUUGUCCUUUAUAUUUUCUUCAGUUUUGUUUCAUCUUAUGUUUCUUCUUAUAUUUAUAGAUUCUUUGGUGGUGAUAAUUGGAAAUUAAAUUUGGUUUUAACUUCACUUUUAGUUCCAGGUGGUUUAUUUGGUAUUUUCUUAGUGUUAAAUUUUUUCUUAAUUUCAGUUGGAUCUUCAGGUGCUAUUCCAAUGGGUACUAUGAUUGCUAUUGUUGUCAUUUGGUUCCUUGUCUCUAUUCCAUUAGCUAUUGCCGGUUCAAUCGUUUCUUCUAAAAGAGAAUUAUUAAGUGUUCCAGUUAGAACUAAUCAAAUCCCAAGACAAAUUCCAACUCAACCUUGGUAUUUAAGAACUAUUCCAGUUAUGUUUAUUGCUGGUAUUUUCCCAUUCGGUUCUAUUGCUGUUGAAAUGUACUUCAUUUAUUCAUCAAUUUGGUUCAAUAGAAUCUUUUAUAUGUUUGGAUUCUUAUUCUUCUGUUUCUUAUUAAUGAUUUUAACUACUUCAUUAAUUUCAAUCUUAAUGAUUUAUUACACUUUAUGUUCAGAAGAUUAUAAAUGGCAAUGGAAAUCAUUAUUUGUUGGUGGAGGUUGUGCUCUCUAUGUUUUCUUACAUUCAUUAUUCUUAACUGGAGGCGAAAGAUUAGGUGGUGUUGCUUCAUUCCUGUUAUAUGUUGGUUAUUCAAUUGUUAUUUCCUUGGUUGUAUUCCUUUGCUGUGGAUCUAUUGGUUUUAUCAGUAGUUUCUUCUUUGUUAGAAAGAUUUAUUCUCAAAUCAAAAUUGAUUAAAUAUAUUCAAACAUAAAAUAAAACAAGAGGAAUAAAAUUGGCAUUAUUUCUUAAAGGUUAACUAUAGAUCAAAACUAAACCAUACCAAGUCAAAUUAAAUCAUCCAUCCAUAGCAUAAGGGAAAUUAAAAUAUCGAGAAAAUAGAAUAACAUAUCAUUUUGAUUACCCAUCUAUUUUUAUAUUUAAAUUAUUAUUUUUUAUUUUUUUAUUAUUAUUAUUUUAUAACUAUUAUUAUCAUUCAGAUACCUUUUAUUCUCUCUAUAUAUUGUAUAUCA